CACAAGGCAGCAGCCCAAGUGUACUUUGUUGGCUUAGGAAGUUGGGGAAGGGGAGAAUCUUCCAUCUGUCCUAUAUAUUGUGUUCCCUUCAAUGUUCCGGCUGUGGAUGAUGUCCGAGAAUGUCCAUAUCUGGAACUCUCAGUAACUACUUUGUGGAGGCCAUUAUUAGCCAUGAGGCAGAAGAGGCUGGUGCUGCUGGCAAGUUCUCCUCUGGCCAGUUCUCCAGCCCCAGACCAGCAGCUCAUGCUGAGCCCCUGGACUUCCCAUCGUGUAGUUUCCAGCCCAAAGCUCCGGUGUUCAGCGCCUCCUGGACCCCCCUAAACCCUCACAGCCCUCCCUCAGUUUACCACCCCUACAUCCAGCAGGGAGCAGCUCCCACUGCAGAGAGCAGGUACUUACGGAACUGGCUGGAUCCGUUGCCCAGGGCAGAGGCUGGAGCAGUGAAGACUGAACCGAUAUUGGGGCACCCCGGGGACCUCCAGAAACUGGGAGCCCAAGAGUACAAUCUGGAGGCGUCUGCAGGAGCAGAGGAGGGGAGUGAGAGGCCCAGCUUCCAGGACAAUAAAGAAGGAAGCGGGGACAAAGACAGGACAGAUCAAACCAAUCCUUCAGCUAACUGGUUACAUGCAAGAUCCUCCAGGAAAAAGCGAUGCCCUUAUACCAAAUACCAGACGCUAGAAUUGGAGAAAGAGUUCCUAUUUAAUAUGUACCUAACAAGGGACAGGAGGCACGAGGUAGCCAGACUCCUUAACCUGAGUGAGAGACAGGUGAAAAUCUGGUUUCAGAACAGGAGGAUGAAAAUGAAGAAAUUGAACAAGGAGCAGGGCAAAGAUUAAAGUUCACAUCUGAACUUCCACUUGCUCCUUAUUCCUGGGACAGUGACAGAAACCAUUUACAGUUCACCUAGGACUUUACCACGUUUUGCAUGGCAUUUAAAUCCUGUUUUUUAGUAUUAUCAGGUAGGGUGCAAAAUGAGACCAGUAAUGUUCUUUCCUGUGAUGUGCUGUGCUUAAUUAGAUAUUCUAUGUCCUACACAAUUUUAUCCUCUCAUCUGCAGCAUUUGGCGUAGUCACAAGUGAGGGUAUCUAGAACUAAUCUGAUUGCAGGUUUAAUAAAAUGAAUGGAACUAAAUAAUUUCCAAGCAGAGUUUCUUGGGGUAUGUGACAUUUGCCUGAGAUGCAGUCAUCACAUCUGUGAUCAACCAGUAUAUAUUUCAUUUCCAGCUAAUUUCUUCUUAAAAUAUCUUUCAACCAGCCAAUGGCUUUUUUUUAUACAGAGUUCUGAUAUUGUAACAGAAAAGCACACUGAAUGUUCUCAAUUUGUUUAAAAAUAAAUAGUUUUUUAGAAAACCAAAUGAAUAAAUAUACACUUUCUAGUUUAUAUAGCAAAAAGAGCUGUUUGUGUGGUUAGAUUUAGUUAUUUAUAAUUUAUUGUGAAAUGAUGUUUUUACAAUACAGUAUAUAGAUGUCUAGUGCCAAGUAUAGUGUUUGUAUAUUUUAUAUGUUUCUUUAUACUUGAAAACUGUGUGUAUAAAUAUAGCUUGUUCCAGUUAUAUCGUUGUGUCAAACUGUUUACAAUUGAGAAAAAUUGAAUUUUUUUGGUGUAAUGUUUAUUUUCUUGUUGAAACCAAGUUUUGUUAUUAAAUUAGUGACUUCAAAUUACUGGUCACCCCUCUUGGAA